UUUUGUUUCGCUUAACUUCGCUCCACUUUCUUAAUUUUCUAUAGGAAUGAAUACUGUGAAAUGGCCAAGCUUCUCAUGUUUGAUGCAUCAACGACUAAAGCUGGUCCGACUUCCAUCAUUUGUGGUUAAUAUAAAUUCAUAUCAAGCGAGUGCCAAGGGUUACACACAAUAUAAUUGUGGUGCAGAACAACACGACUGCUUUCAAGAAUCAAAAGACUAUUUUAAACGCAAACUGCUGCAAUAUGGAGUCGGAACAAAAGUGCCAAUAAAAAGUUUCCUCUGGAAUUACAGAGAAGCACCGGCUCAGAUUCGGAACAUUUUACGGCCGCGUAUCAGAGAACUUACAAAGUUUUUGGCGAAACAUCCGGAUACGUUUAAAGUUGUUCCUGACACUGUUGCACUGGUUGGAUGCGACGAUUUGAAAAAUGUUCCCAACAACAUUAGAAUGGAAAAUUUGUGUGAAAAUAACUGUCCAAAAUCGAGUAUAUCGAGUUCAAUGAACAGUACCACUCCCACAUGUGCAUCGCAAUCAAAUAAGAACACACGAGUCAUUUCCACCACUGCCGAAAGUAUGUCCGUUACUGAUGCUAUAAUGAGUAACAGUGGUGAGCAGAUCGUUGUUUCAGUCGACUGCGAAGGUAUGAAUUUAGGUGCCAAGGGUAAAAUAUCGUUGAUACAAUUGGGUACCACGCAUGGUGAAGCCUUCAUUUUCGAUGUGCUGACCUGUCCACAAAUGGUGACAGUUGGAGGAUUGAAGCCGCUGCUGGAAAGUGAUCGCGUUAUCAAAAUCAUGCAUGACUGUCGUGGUGACUCAGCCAAUUUGUUUGCACAGUUUCGCAUAGUGUUGCGAAACGUUUUCGACACACAAGUCGCUCAAACAGUACUUCAACGUCAGGAGCAAGGGAAGCAGAUGUACGAGAUGGUAGAUAUGUCGUUAAAUAAAUUGUGCGAAUUGUACAACGUUCCGACCAAUCCAAUGAAAGAUAAUGUGAAAAAAAUGUACCAAACACACCCGAAAUACUGGGCAAAACGGCCGCUAACAUCAGAUAUGUUGUUGUAUGCAGCAGCAGAUGUACUCGUUCUGAUCAACGAACAACUGUACGGUACUAUUGCAUCAACCAUCAAACCGGAAUUCAAAACGUUGCUGUCGGAGCUGUGUACGGAACGAAUUUUGAUGUCGGUACUUCCGAGGGAGGUAAAGUUGCGUAUAAAGGAAAGAAAUGCAGCGGACUUAAAGAAAAAACUCUGCAUGGAGAAGGUCGUGCUGAGCGAUCAAGAGAUAGAACUGUUGAAGUCAUUAGAUUUACCAGACGAUGAGAUAGACAAACUUUGUACUUUGCAUAAGGCAAGAAACGAGCAGGCGAAGCUCGAUCAAGACAAACCACACUAACAACACGCCCGAAGCCAGUGUAUUUGUGGAGUGUAGCAGACGUACAGAAAUGGUUCUCCAGACUUUGUGGAGAGUACAACAAUUAUUCGCAAAAUUUUGUAAAUCACGACAUUACAGGCCGUGCACUUCUCCGAAUGACAGACAAUUCAUUGCUCCGAAUGGGAAUCGAAAAUAAUCGGGAACGUGAGGCUAUCUGGCGAGAGAUUGUCAAAUUGCGAUUGAAAACGGACAUAAUGGAAAUCAAAGACUUCAAUGUGAUGAACAUAUACUACGAAUGAGUUGAGUGUGUUGUAUUACUGUGCAUCUGAUAUUAGUUGACGAUAAAGUCGAAUAAAAUCCACAACAAAUGU